GCAAGUAAGUUAGACCCAAAAUGGCUGCACUGGAAGAAGGGUUUCAAUAUGGUCUCUCUUCAAAUUCAAUUUCUACUUCAAAUAGAAGUGUAGUUCAAGUUAAAUUGACAGAUACCUCAUUGCGAAUAAUAGAGGAAUAUUUACGGAGAAAGCCUUCAUGUACACAGAAACCAUGUAUACAGUUCCAAGGAAACCAAGGGAGUAUCCAAAUACCAGAGGGCGGGGACAGCUUAAGAACGUUUCAUUUCUCCCUCUCAGCAAUACAGGGCGACCCUAACGGAAGUUUUGAUGCAGUCUGCCAGACCAGUUCAAGGAAUGGUAAGCCGCUUGUAUUAGAGGGCAGUAUGACAAACAAGAUUCAAAUCCAUGCCACCAAUGAAUUGUUCAAAGCUACAAAAGAUAGAGUGACGCAAGCAGAGUUAGACAGUAAAAAAGUCAGCACCAAAGAGUACAAACCCAAUGGACCUCAUAUGAGCCGGAAGAAGACAACAGUAAUUCGUAACCCACAUCCUUCCGUUACAGCCAGACAUCAGCCAGUACAACCGUCAAAACCAAAGCCUUCUACAGCACCCCCUGUUAACUUUAGCAAACGACCUUCACCCUCGUAUGGGAGUCAUGGUCAUGCUGUAUCGCCACACAAUCCUGCUACGUCAUCCAAACCUACAUCACCAAGUCUGUCUUCUCAUAAUUCAGGUCCUGCUAAAACUGUGGGAAACCCAGCUGUUAUGUCAAUGCCAUACAGAGAUCGGAUAAUACAUCUUCUGGCUAUACGGCCCUACAAGAAGCCGGAGCUUAUUAUACGACUUAGAAAAGAUGGAGUGCGGGAAAAAGACAAGGAUCAGCUGGGCACUGUACUGAAUCAAGUGGCAGUUGCCAAAGAUAAUUCAUUUACGCUAGCCAAACAUAUAUACGCAGAAGUUCGCUCAGACUGGCCAUUCUACACUGAUGAAGAUAGACUUAUAUUGAAAAAAAAAUUACAAAGUGCCUCAACUGUGUCUCCAUCAGCCUCACCUAACAGUCGCAGUCCUGACAGCCAAUCAGCUAAUCUCACACAAAAGAAAUCUGAACCUUUGAAGCGAUCUAUAGAAGAUAGUCACCAAACGAUGCAUCAUAAUGCAAAGAAGAAACGUAUCUCAUUGUACGACAAAAACGGACACAAAUCAGAGAAUCGUUCAAGUAGUACGGACAGACACAGUAGUAAUAGUAGUAGUAAUAAUAAUAGCAAUAAUGUAUCUUCCACAACAGAUAUAUCAGAUAAAAAAGAGAAUAUUGACGAUACCGUUGAUUCCACUUCUGAUACUCCUGAAUAUGUAAGGCAAUAUCAUACUAUAGCAGACGACGACCAGAGGUAUAAAUAUAAGCAAGCAUUUAAUGAAGAGUAUAAGGAAUAUCGGGAACUGCAUUCUAGUAUAGAUCUUGUCUCGCAGAAAUUUUGUGAGAUGCAAGAAUUGAGAAGGAAAACUCAGAAAGGCACAUCAGAAUAUCAGAAUCUGGAGGAAAAAAUCCGCAAUCAGUAUAUGUUACAAAAAAGUGAUCCAAAGUUUAUAGAACAAAUGAAAAGAUACAAGUACCUUCAUAAUAAGCUGGCUUAUAUUAAAAAUCUUAUCAUGGACUAUGAUCAAAAGAUUGUGACAGUGUCAUCUUAGCAGUGACCUUUGACCUUUGGACCUUGGAUGACCUUCGACCUCUCAUUUUUGGAUUCAGCUUUACCAUAAUACAGGAGAAUCCCAAAUUGUUUAUUUAUUGAAUUCUCUUCCAAAUAAUUAUGGUUCCUUGUGAUAAAGGACUUUUUGUGAUUUUUUUUUGUCUUGCUUUGUUGUGAUUGGAUAAGACAUGAUCAUGUGACAUUGCAAAUGAUUCUUUUUGUCUGUGAUGAUUCUACUUUAAAGGUCUUUUGUAUCAAGUACAAAUUAAUGAUGAUCUUUUUUAUGUUUACUGUUCAAAAAAUUUUCUACUCCAUUUUAAGCUUUACACAAAUUUAAAACAUGUGAUAAAAAAAGAAUAUUGGCUUUCUUUAAGGAUUCUUUCCUUGAGUUUUUGAACGUGAUUGGCUAAACUGAGGGCAUGAAUAUCGCUCUGUCGAGGAAGAGUAUUAUUUUCUGAGUAUCGAAUCUCGCUGCUAACAAAUUCCACGGAAUUUCAAUAAAUGGACAUACCUGUAAAUGUGUACUUUCCUCUCAUUUGCAGUGUCACAUUUAGUUUGAAACAAAAGUGUUAUGUGAUAAAAUAGAAAUAUCAAUGAGGCCAUAUUGUAAAAAUUAUGUUUCUAUGAAACUAAACAUUGUGAAUUUUGUUAAGAUAGAUAGGCAAUGUGUUAGAAUCGGUGGCAUUUUUCUCAGCCAUAGAUAAAGUGAUGUUACAUAAUCUGUAAGAGAAAUGUCUAAAGCUUCAAAAUUAUCAGUGCAACAUUUGGAAUUUUACUCCUAUAGAUUACUGUUCUGACAAUAAAAACUACUUUUUUGGCCUAACAUACCAGUUUUGAAAAUCCUAUGUUAGAUUAUCUCCCCUCUCAAAUUUGUUUUAGCUUUUCUUGUACAUUGUAUUUAUAAUAUGAGGUGCUAAUAUUUAGUGUGUACAUUUUAAAUACAGAUACAAAUUCAGUCUUUAAUAAAAGCCUCUGUUCUGUGAUAAUUAUAAUUUUGGAAUUUGAAUCAAACCUUUUUCUUCUUUACCAUUGUUGUGAAUAAUUCAUAGAACACAGUUACUGAAAAUAUAAAUGUUCCCCUUCAGUAAAGAGUCAGGCCAGCCUGUACAUCUGUUCAGAUUGACCAGUCACUCUAUUACUGGCUGACCAACUUAAAAUUAUCUAUUUCAUAUGACAAAAAUCGAUUCCAAGUUAACUUAACAAAGAGAGAAAUUUUCAAACUUAAAAAAAAAUGAAUAAUGAAUUAAUGCUUUUAAUUUUUCAUAUGUAAGCGUUUAAAGACGUUAGUCAUUUCUGUAAUAUUUUAUACCAUUUACACUUGUUAACAUUGAUUUAAGGUUUAAAAAACACUGCAUCAUCAGCACUUAUAAAAUGAAGAAAAUGUAUAUAAACUUGCUAUAUUAGCAAAUAUGUAUAGAAAAUUUCCAGUUUUUUUUUUGUUCUCCAUUAUAAAACUUGUCUGCAAUUUCUUAUCAUUCAUUAUCUGACAUAUAUUAACACUGAAUCAGAACUAGUUCCUAUGAUCAAUCAAGAAACAAUGUUAGGAGAGUUAUGAUGAUAAAUAUUUUUCAGUGUUUUGCCCAUUUUUUGCUUGUUUAAUUUAAUAUGAUGUGAUUUGUAUAUUAAUCCAGUUUUUGCUCACAUUUUUUUUAUAUUGAGAUAUAAAUCAUGAUAAGUCCAUGACAAAUUGACAUCUUUAAGAUUUUCUUGUACAUUUUUGUAGUGCCAUAAUAGUUGCAGUUCUCUGUUCUGUUUGUACAGUAAAACAACCACCUUGUAUCUAAAUGUAUGGUAAAAAAUAUGAAUCCGAAUUUGUUACGGUACUGAUUUAUAAGUAAGAUACAACAAAAAUAAUGUUUAAGUUUCACUAUCUUAAUAAUCCUUUACAGUCUUACUGCAACAGUCUUAAUUAAUUGUCUUAAAAUCUAAGUACCUUUAACAAUUGUUCUUCAGUGUUUUUUGCCCCCAUUUCCCCAUCAGCUAAGUGGGAAGUGUUAUGUACAGCCAUCUUUGAGCCAUGAUUGUGACACGGUUUCUGGGCAAAAUAUUGUAACAUGAUUUCUGGGCAAAAUAGUUCCCUUGUAAAAAAGAAUUUUGCAGAUAAUCUUUUAAACAAAGCAAAUGUAUACUUUGUGUCUACGUUUGUAAAAUCCUUUCACUUCAUUCACCUUUCAAAGGUUGUUGAGAAGUUUGAUUAAGAGUCAAUACUGAUAAUCCAGAUUUUAUAUAAGUUUCUUGUAAAUACUUACUUUUCUUUGUUUCAUAGGUUAAGUUUGAUUGCUAUUGUUUAUAAUCUCACAUUCCAGAGAAUUUCAUACUGUGAAGAAAACUGUACGAGCCGUGUCUUUGCUUUAAGUAAGAUAAUUAUGUGAUAAAUUUGAUAUCAAAAAAUUAAUGUUCAAACUGUAUCUUUAGUUUUAUAUCUUGUAAGCUAGCUGAUGGAAGUUAGGGGAUUCUUGUCUGUGCCUGAAAUACUACAUGGUCUUGGACAUGGGCAAUAUGACACUUUUAAUACAGUGUGACUAGUUGAAGAUUAUUCUUUGAGUAUGCAUUAUUCUUUGAGUAGUUAAUAGUUAUAAAAUGAAAAUAAGCAUACCCAUUUUUACUGCAUUUAAGUCUUAAACAUUCCCAUUCGCAGGUGAUAAAGAUAUAGUAUAGAAAUUAUCAAAGUGAUGGAUAAUUGUUAACAUGUUAAGAAAUUACAUAUAAUAAUAUUAUAUAGUAGCUUUGUAUAAGAUUUAUUGACUGUGUAGUAAAGUUCCAAGCCAAUGUUAAUUUUCACAUAUAUGAUAUAAUGGUAAAAAUUGAUGCCAUAUUGUUGUUUAAAUAGCAUAGUAGAAUAUCUACUUUUCAAUCUUUUUUUAAGUAGAAACAAUAUUUUUAUAUGUGCAGCUGUUGCAACUAAAGGGUAAAAAAAGACAUUUAAAACUUGAAAUAAAGUAUUACAAUAAAUGAUAUGCACCAGUAAUACAAAUUGAUAACUAAGAAAGAUUAAAGGUUUAUAGAGAAAAGGUUUUGUGGCGGCAUUACAAAAUGCUGACAAUUUUACAAACUUUAUUUGUGAUUUGUUGAUGUUUUUUUUACAAUAAUUAAGGGAACAAAACUCCAUUAUGUUUGAGCAAGUUAAUAAAUCUUGAGAAAACAUUUUGUUAAAUUUGAUGAUAUUAAAAUAUCAGAGGACUUAGUUCUGACUAAAGCUUCACAAGUCACAAAUGUUAAUUGGUAAAUUGUAGGAUCUAUUUAAUUUUAAACAGAACUUAUUUUGAUUGACUUCAAUGUCCUUCUUUUGUGAAUUUAUGAUUCAAGUGAUAUUCAGACAAUUGAUUUGACAUUAGCCCUUUUUGAAUGGACAAGUUGAAUGGACUUGUCCAUUUUUCAAUCUGAGCAAAACCAUUUAUUAUUGUAGCGAAAAUCUCAAUAUAUUAAGUGACUGAAUAAUGAACAGUGCAGAUCAUGAUCUUACAGCAGGGAUAUGCAAGGUGAUCUUGGUCUGCACUGGUCUGAUGGAUACAAUAGAAUCUGCAUAGACUAAGAGUUACAUUUAUUAAUGGUGAAAUGAAAGAUAAUAUGAACAUUGAACAUUAUUAUUAUUUCAGUAAAUUUUAUUAUUAUACAUGUUUUCUAGCACAUUCUGCCUACUCUAAUUUAUGCCAGAUAUAAAUGGAUGGAUGUACUUCAAUAAUGGCAAAGUUGAGAAAAAUGAGACAUGGUUACAUGUUGAAAUUAUAUGUUUAAACAUUGUUAAUGUAAAGAUAUUUUCUUAAAACUAGCCAAGUAUAGUCAUUUUUUCGACAAGACAACUGUUUCAUGCAUAAUAACUGAAUGUGGCAUUAACUAUAGAUAUAAGUGUGUAGAAACACACAUGUAUAUAUAUAUUAUUUUGUGACUUUUACUUCAAGUUCACAUGCCCUGUUUAAAUAUUUGUGCUUCCUACAAAUGCUUAUUUCUUUCUCUAUCUAUCCUUUUUCUGAACAUUUUGCUAUGUAUAAUGUAUUGUAUUCCUAAGGUAUAUUGUGGGUAAAAACUUACCUUUCCAAAAAAAAUUAUAUAUAUACAAAAAAUAGAAAAAUAUUUAUUUAUUUAAAAAAAACCUCAGUCCUGUUUCAAUAAAUGUUACUAUAUUUAAAAAGGAUUAGAUGUCUACUCAGUUUAACAGUAAGUUACAAAGUUAAAAUGCCAAAUGUCUUAUGUAACUAUCAAUUCCUUGAUUAAAGACCACCCAAAUAUAAAAACUUGUCUUAAAUAUCCAACAGUUUAGCGUCCCUUUUAAGUCAGUUGUAUUGCAAAAUUACUGUAAUUUCUUUAUAGAUAAACUGCCAAAACCACCUAUCAGUAAACAGAUCAAUCUUUCACUAUCUUUACAUUGGUGUCUAUGAUAUUAAGGUGUACUGUAUUUUUACCUGCCAAAGGUCUCAAGAUAACAAUACUAUACCCUUAUAUUUUGAUGCAGACAGUAAGUUGGAGAAUGAGAAUGACACUGGCCAUGUUGUAUCGUUUAGAAAUGCCGUUAUAAUACUUGAAUGUAAUCCAUUUGUUGUUACCUAUGAUAAAAUUUAAGUACACAUUUGCUACAUGUGCAUUUUCUUUUUAUCAUAAGUGCUUUACAAAAAUAUGAGCUCAGAGGUUCAUAGUGUUGUAUGCAAGAAUCUUAUGUUUUCAGCAGUUACAAACCUGAAUAUCUGGCUCCAGUAUAACUGUUUGAGGAGAUAAAAAACCUAUGCUGAGUUUCUGCUGACUUGUUACCCCAGAUUCAGGUAUUCAGGCCUGUGACUGAUGUUGAUUUGUUUUCUUGCAUAUAUGUAACAUAUUGAUAAAAUGAAUGAUUGUUUGUAAUGCUCUUGCCUUGACACAGCUGCUUAUGUAUACAUAGACACAACUUGUGGAUAAUAGAAAAAGUGUAGUUUAUUGACAGGUGGUUUUUAAAACAAGCAAUUUUGUACUAAAAAAUUUGUUUUCAAUUUGAGUGGUUACAUGAAGCCUAGUCUUUGAAAAGUAUUUUUUUUAGAUCUUCCCUUAAGUUUAAGGUGGGCACAAUAGCAGUUUUGAUUAAUAUUUCAAUUACCCAAUACCAUGGCAGGGACCUUCUUUUAUCUUUGUUAAUUUGACAGACUUGAAUUUUUAGAACAAGUAGCAAGGGUCUUAUUUCUUUUAUUACUAGUACAGUGUUAAAAAUGAAUUGUGAAUGGAACUUAAAUGUUGCAGGAAUAAGUUGUGAAUAGUUUUGAAACAGGACAACAAAAAAAUCAAAGGAAACGCACUAAAAAAAUCUGCUUGUUUCAGUCUGGUACACAAAUACACCUAUUUGUUUGUACCAGGCAGAAAUGAACCAGAAUAAUUAUCAAUCUACAAUAACUUUUUGCACUAAUUCUUUUCUUUUUCUUGUUUCAUUCAUAUAUCUUUUUUCUGUAUUUUCUGAUAUACUUUACUUCUUCAAAAGUGACCAGAAUGAUCAGUUCAUUUGAUUAUGCUAUAAGUAUGGUGCCAAUAAGGUUGCAAAUCAUUCUUUGAAGUACAGAUGUUUUUCAAUCCAUUGUAUAAUCAAAGUUCAAACUUUGUUAAAGAGACAUAAAUUUUUAUGUUUCAUACAAAGCUUUACAAUGUUAUAUGAGCAUUAUUUGAUGAAUUAAACUUAUAUAAUGUCAAUAAGUUUUGACUUGCAUACACCAUCAGUAUAGAGCUGUGCCAGCGUGUACAUCCCUAUAGUACCACCAGACACUAUAUGAUUACUGACUCAGUUUUCGAAUCUUGAAAAUGAAAUCCUGAGUAAUAAGACUGUUCCAAGGUCAAAGCAAAGUCCAUAAUAUGUAACAGGUUUAAUAUGUUAGUUAAAAAUAAGUGUUCUGAAGAAUGUAAGUUUUAACUAUGUAACAUAAUUCAACCAUGUAAUCUUAUCAAAUCCAUGCCAGUAGCUUCUUGCAUUAUAUUCAGUUUUAUCUGCAUAUCCUUUCAAAAUUGACAAUCUGUGUUUUUCUACUCAUUAAUGGGGAAGUACAUUUUAUAAAAUUUAAUAUGGAAAGAUUGAGUGAUAUACAGUCAGGUCUGUACUGAAGACCAUCUCCAAAUAUAGACAACCAUGUGCAGAAAGACCAGUCAUUGACAAACCUGUAUUGAUUAAAUAGAAUAAGAUAACCUCCAUAUAAAGACCACUUAUCUAUAAAGGAAAUGUUCAGUCUCUCCCUUGGAUGACUGGCCUAUACAUACAGGUUUGACUGUAAUUGUUUUAAGUUUCUAUUGAUAAGAUUCUGACUGUUACAUGUAGAUUUACCACAUCAUGCUAGGUUGGGUGCUUUUGAAGAAGUGUAGUAUGUCUUACAUUAUUUAUUGGCCCGGGGAAAUGUUUGGUUUGUUUGAUUUCUUUUUUCAUCUGGUGCUCAUCAUGUUUAUAAUUAUACCAAGACAUAUCAAGUCGUGUUUCACUUAACAAAAAAGCGUAGUCAGCGUUUUGAAGUUUAAUGGCUGUAUAGUGUUUUGGGGAUUAAUUUGUGUAGUCUUUUUUUGUGUGUGUAUUAUUUUGAGAAAUAAUACCACAUGUAUUUAACAGUGUUUUAUUAUGAUUGGAACAUAAGGGAGAAUGCUUGUGUCAACAUUAAAUGUUUUAAAAAAUGAAAACAGCUCGUUACAUUCUGUUGGAAGAUCUAUAGUCAAGAAUGUUAAAAUACAAAGCUUUCAUCAAUAAAUCAAAUUAAAUUAUUGUUGUGAAAGUAUAAAGAAAUUUUUUUUUUGAAAUUUUAUAUUGGGUUUUUUAAAUCAUUGCCGUUUGGUCGUCACUACUAACAUUAAAACAUGGAUAAAGUCAAUAUACUAAACAGUGUAAAUGCUUUACCAGGAUAUGGAAUGUUAAAAGUGAUAUGAAAUAAAAUGUCUCCUAUCAUAUAUUGUCUAGGUACCUUUCAUAGGGAAGGCAGUGUUCUUAGGGUACAUGUGACUGAAAAUAAUGCAUAGAUUGAUAUUUAACAAAUCCAUCAACUGACAUUUGUAGUCUUUGUUUGACAUGAACCUCAACUAAGAUAAUACAAGACCUAUGUGCUAUGCUCUAGUCGGUUGUACCCUUCUUCCAUCAAUCCCUGUGGAGUGCAAGGUCAAAGCAAGCCAAGUACUUUUCCAGCAUUCCUAGCUGAAUCCAGUAAUUUUAUCUUGGUUUAUAGAUAGUAAGGGUAUUUCUAACUCACAGGCUGGGGACUUAAUAUCAGGGAUUUCAUCUUCUGAGACUUUUCUAGGUGUCUUUGAAAGUCCCACUAGUCUCCAGUGCUUGGGAAGCAUGGGUUAUAAUUGACCAGUGCAUUGUCACAAGCAUGUGCUAUAUUUGUUAUAUACAUAUAGGUGUAAGGAUUUGACCUGACACAUAUAGGGGAAGGUAAGGUCAUGGAAUAGCUCAGGUAUAUUUUAUGGAAUGUGAUUUUUGUAUGCUUGGAGGCUAUUUGAUUUGUUUUGCAAUUAUAAUCUUUCUGAGGGUAUAAUUAUACACACUGAUUUAACAAGAAAUGUUAAGUGAAAGGAUUGUACAUGGUUUUGGAUAUUUUAAGGGAAAAAAGUGAAACAUGUCAAGUUUCAACAGCUUACAAUCAGAUGGAGCAUAUAAUCAAUUGUUCUUUUUCCCCUCCCUCCCCUGUCAAGACGUGCAUCUUACUAUUAUAUUUUUAAAUAGAACAGACAUUUCAGUUUGUUUUAUUGAACAUGCUUUUUUACUGGUGUUAUCUCUUUUCUUGUUCAAUUCUUCAAAGUGUUAUACACUUCACUGUUGUUGCCUUUUUCUUCCUUAUCAAAACAAUGCUAAUUACUAAGUGCUUUCCAAAAAUAUAAUGUGUUAUAACAGUUUAUUUUUUGCCAUUUUUUUCUCAGUUGACACACAUGAUGUUUAUAUAAUAUAUUGUUUAUCAUGAUCUUAAUGACUUGUGCUCAUGUCAGUGAAAAUGUUUAUAUGGAGAGUAAAUUUAGAGAUUGAUGCUUAUACUUAGUGUAUCAGAGAGAUGUCAUAUAGAAACAGUAUAAAUGGGACACAAUAUGUUUUAAUUUUUUGACAAAUGACCAGGCAUAGUUCUAGAUGUAAUACUGAUAAUAUUGUAUGUACUGUAGAUGCUGUGUAACCGACAUGAGAUGUUGAUUUAGUAUUAUAUAUUUUAGUAAUAUGGGCACAUAUUUGAAUAGAGGUGCAAUGUACCAGCUUGAACACCUUGACAAAUUGACGAUGUUAAACAUCAGUGAUAUAUGAAGAUGGUAUAAUUUGACAUCACGUAGACAUGACACAACUUUAAUAACAUAUAGAUAUAGUACAACCCGACAUUGUUGUGAAAAGUUAAAACUAAAAUAACAUGAAAAUAUGGCACAAUUUGACAUUGUGUAGACAUGACUCAAUUUUGACAUCUUUCAAAUAGAAGAUGGAAUGCUGGUCAACUGUAGACACAAUAAUACCAUGAUGAAAUACUAAUACAGCUCUGGUUAGUAUAUACUGGACCAUGUAUCACUAGGGUGACAUAUACUUAUAGUAAAAAAACUGAAUUGCUGUGGUACCACUAAAGAGAUCAUACACUUGGUAUAAAAGACAUGGUAUGGUUUAUAUAACAAUACAUGGCUUGAUUAGAGUGAGGUAUGGUAGACAGUAGGUAUACACAAAAUAUCAUUAAAACAAGAUAUACACAUGAUAUGUCUAAAGUGAAGUGUGAAGGGUAAUAGGUAACAGGUCACGAUAUUAUUGAAGUAAAGUAUUGACGUGACACAGAGUGAGGUAUGACAGAGAAAUGGUAUUGACACAAUGCCAGUAUUGAAGCACAAUCAAGAUGUGAGGUGACUGAAGUGAGGUGUACGACUGUAACUGAUUGUGGUCAAACCACCAACAAAUUUAUAUGUGACUGAAUGAUAAAAGACGAAUAAUUGCUGUAAAGGUUAAUUGAUGGGGAAAAUUCCAGGGAAAUUCAGUUUGAUUUUCUGCGGUUCUUUUUUUUUGUCUUUUUUUUUUCCCAAAUAUUACUUGAUAAUUAUAUAAAUAUAUGUAUAUAUUAUGAAAUGGGGACUUUGCAUUUUUUCCCUCAUUUUUGUAUAAAUUUUAUUUUGAGAAUGAUUGUAUAAUGCACAUAGUGAAUAUGAAAUGAAUGUGAAUAAAGCUAUGCUUCAGUUAAAGUAUUCUUCUAUACAUUAUCAAAACACCAAAUAACAGGUAAAAACCACCUCUCAUCUAAUUUUGCCGAAAUGUUUAUUUUAUAACAUUUGCAACUGGAAAUACUUCAGGUUUUGCUUGACAUUGAUUGUUUUUUUUUUUUAGCUUUUUCAUUCUUUGAGUCCUAUUAAUUUCUGCUUAAGUUUUAUGAAUUACAUAGUUGUCUAUCGCAAGUAAAUAAAAAUGAGAAGAAAUUUUACUGACUUUUUGCUGAAACGUUUUUCUAUAUUUAUGUUCUAGUUUGGAUUUUGGAUUGAUUGACUUAAUUUCAAUUGGGGAAAAAAAUGUCAUAUUUCAGGGUAAGUGUUACUAUAAAAGUAACUUGUUUUGCAAAUAAAAUGACUUGACCUUGACCUUAUAUACUGCUUUGAGGCUGACAUUGUAAAAGUGAAUCAACUGUUUUUCACCAUAGACAUAAAUUGAUUGAAGUUCUCAUUGUGAAAAAUGUCUUGUUUUUUUUUUAAACGAAAGACACAAGUUUUGCUGUACUAAUGGCGUUGUAUAUUGAUUUUUUGUGGUAAACAAAUGGCUUGACCAUGUUAUGUUAGUGAUAAUGGCCGAGUUUUAUUUUUAUUUGCAGGAGGUCUCAUUGUAAAAAUGAAUAAUUCAACUUUUAUUUAUCAUGUUAACUAUACAUUGACUGGAUUUCACAAUAAAAUGAAAUAAUUUCUCUAUGUUCAAAUGACUUGUCAUUAUUUUAUUGUGAAAAAAAUGUAUAUCUCAGACAAAACUUUUUUUUUUGUUAUCUCACAAUUCUGACUUGUAUAUAUCAUAUUUAUAAUGAAAUAUAUUUAUUGUUAUUUUUUUGUUGUACAUAGAUUAUUAUUUACCUGUAACAUUGGGAUAUGUUUUUUAAUCUUUCUCUUUGGUAAUACAUGUACUUUUUUAUUUAUUCAAAAUUCCUGGAAUCAAAUUGUUUAAAAAUAUAUUAUUGAUUAGAAAAAAUAUUUAAUUUUGAUAACCAAUGUUAUCUCCAUGUCUUUAAUAACUUAAAUACUCUCUGGUUUAGAGGAUAUUUCAGUGCUCUUUGGUUUAGAGAUUAUUUUUGUACCGUCUGCUGCUGUUUUGUUGAAGUAAGCAUGGCAGGCCAGUUUUGAUAACCUGGUCUCUUGUAGGUUAGUGCUAUAAACAUGUUAUGUGCUUUGUAACAAAUUUUGCAGAGGUAUUUUUACUCUACAGUGACACUUUCACAUAUUUUGUUUGAAAAAAAAACAACAAUAUGCAUGACAAUAUUUUGAUGUGUAUAAAAACAAUGAAGUAGUUCUGUUGAAUUGUUAAUCAUAAGUCAUUUUUUCCUUUGGCACAUGUAACCAUAAGUUUAACCAUCAAGUUUUCUUUAACAAAUAAACUUGUCCUUUGUUGUGUUUCCAUGACAACAAAACCAAAUUUUUGUUACCUGCUUAUUUUGAUAUAUCAGAAAACAAAAAAUAUGCUACCAUCCAUACAGAGUGUGGUCAGAUUGUACAUAUUUAUACAGGCUGACCAGGCUCUAUACUGGUGGCAAAGUUUUAAUCAAGUUUGACUACAGCAGGGUUAAAGAAAAUGGGAAUACAUUACACAAGUAUUAUGAACAAAAAUAUGUAACAACAAUGAUAUUUAUAUACUCAUAUCUGAACUUGACAAAUAAAAAAAAUCUGAUACAUAAAAUCAGACAAUAAGAUGCUAAGUAUUUUAUGUCAUUUUAUACAUACAAGGCUGAAAUGUUAUUUUCUAGGAAAAGAAAGCCAGAUACUGAUAAAAUCCAAUCUGACAGAAUGAUCUCAUUAAGAAUCUGAUUAUAACCAUGUUGGAUAAAAUUCUAAUAAACUUAUUUCAUGUAGUUGGUAAAAUUUAAAAUUGUUUUCAUUCUAAAUUUCAUUUUACUUUGUUUUCAAUUAUAGUUUUAGGAUUUAUACAAAGUAUAUAGAUUUCUCUCUGAUUUUUCUUCUUCUGUUUUAGCAAAAAACAUCUAGAUUUAUAGUGGUUUAUGUACAGGAUUUUGCACUUUAUUUUCAGUUUUGUUUUCUAGUCAUUUUUGGGUUAGCAUUUUAUUGAGAUAAAUUCAUGCAUUAUUUUGUCUUUAGUUUUAGCAAAGCCUGUUCUAAGUUUCGACUUUUUUCAAAGAAAACUGUCAAUUAUUGAUUUGUUCAAAUAAUGAAUUGAUAGAAAUUGACAUUUUUUCAAUCAAUGACAAAUUCUUUAACCUAGAUAUGUUCAUUUUACUGAUAAACUUAUAAGUUUAACAUAAUAUCCACACAAGAAAUUGUUCAAUUUUUCCAUAUCUAUUUAAAACAAAACCUGGAAUAACACUGUUUUAUGUAAUUGGUUUUAUAUGAAAUGAGGAGAUUUUGUUUGGAAUGCAUGCUAUUGAGUUGUUUACAUGUUUAAUAAAUGUGGUGUGUUUUUUAUGUUAAUCAUAUUUACUUUGCAUGAACAUUUGCUCAGUACAUUUACAUAGCUUACAAAGAAGGGUAACUGUAUAAUUAAAUAAAUGAGUUUUGUUGGUAUGAAUGUUGAAUAUAAGAGGAAAAUGAUGAAAUUGAAAAGCUCAAAUUCACAGAGUGUAGGAAUGUAAAUAUGCUAGGCAUAUAAGCUGUGUAAAUGUAUUAAUUAACUGGUCAGAUAUUCAUGCAUUGCUUGCCCCUCGUGUUUUAAGGAUCAAUGGACCAGCCCUACGGAUUGUGAGAUAGAAAUCGUAAUAAAUACUGCUAGCAUUGUCAAAUGCAGACUAAUAAACAGCAUUGCAAAUUUUA